AUGGCUAUAGUGAUCUCAUGUUUUAAAAGAUGCUUCAAUAGCAUCAAAUACACAGAACAUGUAUCAUUUCCACAAAUCAAUCCUAUAUGUUUGGACACGAGUCGAAUGGGUAAAAUAAUAUCAUUCAUUUUUUAUUUUUGUUUUUAUUAGCUUUUAAAAUAUGUCAGCAUAAUUUAUAGCAUAUUUUUAUAAGUUUGUUAAAUUAUUACAUAAUAUAUACAAUAACAUUAUAAAUGUAAUUAUUAUUUAUUAAUAUUUCUAUUCACAGGUAAUGAAGUGGUAAUUGUAAAAAAUGGAACCAGGAUAUGUGGUAGUGGCGGUGUUUUAUGUACUGCACCCAUCGUACAAAAUAAAUGUUAUUUUGAAGUAAAAGUACAACAAUCUGGUAAGUGAACAGCUGUGUUUAUAAUAUUGUAAAUAUUUGGUAUUUAUCCGUCAAAUUCAAAAUAGGAAUCUGGGGAGUAGGUUUAGCUUUAAAUGAUGUAGAUCUGUGUAAAGCACCUGGUGGUCAUGAUCAAUAUUCAUGGGUGUUAUGCAAUGAUGGGGCUCAACGACAUAACCAGCAAGUGUUGAAAGCAAUAGAUAAUAACAUUGAAGAAGGGGAUAUAAUUGUAAGUAUUUAAAUAAAUAUGGUUCGAGACAUUUUGGAUUGUAAAUCAAACAUAAUCGUGAAUUUAUUUCUAUAGGGUGUUUAUUAUGAUCAUGUUGAAUUAAAUUAUUCAAUAAAUGGCCAACCAGUUAAUGAACCUAUUACAGGAAUAAGAGGAACUGUUUUUCCAGCUCUUUUUGGUUUGUAAAUUAAUAUUAUUUAUUUAUUUAACUUUAGCAUCUUAAAUAUGUACUAACAAUAAUUAUUUACAUCUUAUUCACUAUUUUGAACUACAAAACAAAUUUAGCCAGGUGAAUCCAUGAUUUGUGUUCUCUUCAUAUAGGCAAACUUAUAUCUAAUAGGUUCUUUUGUAAGUGAUAUUAUACUAUCCUAUUUAAAAAUCUACAAUAAUAAUAUAAUUGAUUGUUUUUAAAAAUGUAUCAACUAGAAAACAAAUAAUUCAACAAUUUAAUGUGAUAUGUACAUAUAAACUAUAAAAGUAUUUGUGUACAUUUACUUAUACAUAUUUCGAAAUCUUAAACAUUUUUCAUAAUUAAUAUGUAAUUUUUUUUUCAGUGGAUGACGGUGCAAUACUAGAUAUUGUGUUGGACAAAUUUUCAUAUUCACCAUCUAAUGGUUAUGAUAAAAUCAUGUUGGAGCAAUCUAUACUUUAA